AUGGCGAGCUUCCCAAGGAAAAUGGAAUAUGUCUAUUGCGGCAUCGAUUGGAAGCCGUUUCUUCCAACGGCUCUGGCUUCCUCGACUGUGGCGGGAGCAAUCUGUGUGUUUUUCAUCCAGAUCCCUAUAAUUUGCAGGGCAACGGGAAUGCGCGAGGUGGCACUCUACACGACCUUCGGUGUCUUGUUUUUGAUCACUCUGGGGUGCAUGAUGUACUGUAUCAAUGCCGACCCUGGUCAAUCGAGGAAAACGCGCAAUGUGAGCCACGACAUCGAAGAGGGGUUACCGCAACGUGCCCACAAGUCGUUUCAGUAUCGCCGUCCAAUUCGCCGCUAUGACCAUUACUGCAAAUGGGUGAAGAACGUCAUCGGCCUGCUGAACCACCGGGAGUUCAUCCUGAUGGUUGGUGGUUUGAUUGCCAUAGCGCUGCUCGGCAUUCUCAUGGAUCUAUGGGUUGCCAUUUUGUUGGCUGAGGAGGGAUCAUUGGACGCCGAAGUCGCCGUUGCGUUGCACUUGGGGUACUCAGUGGCCCUGCUGGCGGUUGCUGGGCCAAUAAUGAAGAUUCAUUUUGGCUUGAUCUCCAGGAACGAGUUGGCGCAAGAGUGGAGGAGCAACCAACACUACGUAGCAAACAACACCAGUAAGGGCGACAAUGUUUAUGUCGAGGAGCUGUCGGAUGACGAGUUCAAUGAGAUUUUCGACCGUGGAGAGUUCAUUUAUGACAAGAACAGGAAUCCCUUUGACCACGGUUUUGCGCGGAAUUGCUUGAACUUCUGGUGCAAGCCCCGCUGGCCCGCUGAUUCAAAGGGAAACUUCUGA